CACACACACACACACACACACACACACACACUUUCCUCUGUCUUUUUGUGACCAGCAGCCCACUCAGAGCCCAGGAUGUCGAUGACCCUUUCUGGGGACGAGCCAGAAAUCCAGAGGAGCGAGUAACUUUUCACACCAAAUGCAGAAAAAUUCCCUUUUUUUCUGGUUUCACGUCUUCAUCCGGCUCUGCGUCGGUCUCUGGAGGGGGACGAGGAGGAGGCCCGCUGGACGACUCUGAAGGAGGAUUUCCUCUCAGUGAUUUCCUGUUUGACGCGAGGAGCUCCCCUGAGCUCUGCAUCCAAGGAGACCUUUACGCGGAAACUUUACGCACGCAGCCGGUGGUGUUUACCGGCAAGUUCUCGGUGGACUCCAGGGUUGCAGGGGGUCCGUGGACAUCUAGUGACGUCAUCAACGUGGUCAGCGCUGAUAUCGGAACCUUGGUGCCGGCCGCGGUGUCCGGACCGCCUGAAGCCUCUGAGAUUUACGCAGCAGGAGGAGGAGAGUGCAGCAGCAUGGCGCACGGACCGCCCGACAUCAGCCACAUGUACGCGCCCAGUCACCCACACCCGUCCUACUCCUGCAGCGGGGACAUGUACCAGGACCAGUCUGCGUCAGCGGGGUACCUGGGACCCUCCACCUGCGCCGCGUCCUACCACCAGCCCUACAGCUCCGCGCAGAAACCGCCUGUAGAAGGCGCCGCGCUGCUCUCCAUCAUGCCGGAGUACGGCGGCUACUACCAGCAAAGCUGCCAGAGGGAGCUCCAAGGCGGGUUCCCCGAGAGAAAACCCCUCCCGUACCCCCUGGACCCCCUCAGGGUCCCCCCACCCCUCACACCCCUGAACACCAUCAGGAACUUUACGCUCGCGGCGCCAUCAGCAGAAGGUCCGAUGGCCGCCGCGUUCCCGAGCCACCAGAACCUCCCGCUCAGGCCCAUCCUGAGGCCCAGGAAGUACCCGAACCGGCCCAGCAAGACGCCGGUCCACCAGAGGCCGUACCCGUGCCCCGCGGAGAGCUGCGACCGCAGGUUCUCCCGCUCGGACGAGCUGAGCCGGCACCUGCGCAUCCACACGGGCCACAAGCCGUUCCAGUGCCGCAUCUGCAUGCGCAACUUCAGCCGCAGCGACCACCUGACCACGCACAUCCGCACGCACACCGGCGAGAAGCCGUUCUCCUGCGACCAGUGCGGGAGGAAGUUCGCGCGCAGCGACGAGAGGAGGAGGCACCUGAAGAUCCACCUGAGACAGAAGGACAGAAAAGCGUCUGCGUCCUAAUCCACACACACACACACACACACACAC